CGGGCGCGCAACUUCGCAGAUCCUCACCGCCCCAUCUCUCCUCGCCUCAGUCUCCUCUUUCCUCUCCCAGGCGAGAGGACCAGCGGAGGCACCUCUCCCGGGUCUUAGACUGCAGUCUUAGACUUAGCGAGAGGAGCCUGGGAGGAGACGGACCUUUUUCUUCCCCUUUCCCAUUCUUUCUUUUGGCUUGGAGAGGCAAGCAGAGGCGCGGAGCUUUAGAAAGUUCUUAAGUGGUCAGGAAGGUAGGUGCUUCGGUUUUUCUCCUCACACCCGAGGUAGAAGUGGGACCUCCGGACCCAGCUUCUCACCUCGGAAGGUGCACUUUUUUCGGCUGCAGCAGCCAAUGCGCAUCGGAGCCGCUCUCUGCAGAGCCAGAGGGCGCGUUGGUUUCUCGUUGUGCGCCUAAGAGGAUGGAUCGGAGGUCCCGGGCUCAGCAGUGGCGCCGAGCUCGCCAUAAUUACAACGACCUGUGCCCGCCCAUAGGCCGCCGGGCAGCCACCGCUCUCCUCUGGCUCUCCUGCUCCAUCGCGCUCCUCCGCGCCCUUGCCACCUCCAACGCCCGCGCCCAGCAGCGCGCGGCCGCCCAACAGCGCCGGAGCUUCCUUAACGCCCACCAUCGCUCCAGCGCCCAGGUAUACCCCGAUUCCCCCGAAUCGGAAUCUGACCACGAGCACGAGGAGGCAGAGCUUGAGCUGUCUCUCCCCGAGUGCCUAGAGUACGAGGAAGAGUUCUACGAAACCGAGACCGAGACCGAGUCCGAAAUCGAGUCUGAGACCGACUUCGAGACCGAGCCUGAGACCGCCCCCGCCUCUGAGCCCGAGACCGAGCCGGAAGACGAGCGCGGCCCCGCAGUGCCCAAGGGCUCCACCUUCAACCAAUCUCUCACCCAGCGUCUGCAGGCUCUGAAGUUGCAAAGCUCCGACGCCUCCCCAAGUCUCGCACAGCCCACCACUGAGGAGUCGGAGAGCCCCAGCGAGGGGGAGGAGCCCGAGCCUGAGGACAAGGAUACGAGGUACCCCGAAGAGUCUGAAGAACCCAAGGAGAAGCAGCAGCAGCGCCGCUGCAAGCCAAGAAAGCCCACCCGCCGCGACAGGUCCCCGGAGUCCCCUUCCAGAAGGGGACCCAUCCCCAUCCGGCGUCACUAA